AUGUCUGAUGAUGACAGCAUUUUGCUGAAGGCAUUAGGGGAUAAGCACAAACCCGACCAGGGAAUAGAAUAUGACGUGAAGCCAAUUUUCGGUAUUGUUGAGGAUACUCUUACACGUUCCGCUUUCAGGUUUGAGGAUGCUACAAAGAGUUCCCUCGCUCCUGCUGAAGAUAGAAGCCACCAUCCUGGUUAUACGAGCAUGCCGGAGGCGCUGUCUGCUAAGAUUCAACAGAUUUCCUCCGAGUAA